CACGCCAGGUAUAUAAACAGAGCGGCAGCGCUGAGUGCCUCCUGAGCUCUUUCUGUCGCCCGCACGACCGCCACGGACUCCUGCUGCCAAACCGCUAAAAAGGAAGAGAAAGACAUGGAUCCACACGAAGCUAUUGAAAAUGCAUUUAAACAUGCAUUGAAAAUUAUGCUGUAUGAAUUGGAACCACAUUUAAAUAGUUUUCACCAAUAUUGCAAUGAUUCUUACAAGAAAAUGAAGGAUUUUCUAAAAUCCUUGUUACCCGUUGCAUCGAGCUUCAUUCAAGGGUUUCGUCAAGAAUUCGAAAAAAACGAUAAAAAACACAGAAAUUUAAUUUCAAGCAGUUACAAUCUUCUUAAUGAAAUCCAUAUAACACACAGGUUACUUUCCAGCAUAGUUGAGGAGGUUAUUAAGAACAAAAUAUCAGUAGAAGAGGCAGAUGCAUUCCUCAAGACCAAAAUUGCUGACAUUGAGCAACCAUUGACCCAAAUCAUCGCGGAUCAUGAACAUCUUCUUGACGCAUAUAAAUAUACAAUGGAUCGUGUCACUGAAAAGCGUAACAGUCUUAUAGAAAAUAAAGACAGCAUCGCUUCAGGUGCGGCUAAAGUAGUCGUGGCAGGUGCAAUAACGGGGGCAGUAUCAACAGCAGUAAUCGGUGCAGCAGUUUCGAUAUCACCACCACUAGCAGCAAUUUUUACCCUGAAGAGAAUUGCCACGGUGGGAUUUGGAUUGGGAGUACUCGGCGAAGCACUCGUACUGAAAAAUAACAAAAUGGUUUUGAAUGAAAUGGAUCUGGCCUUUAAAGGAUUUGUCAAAAUCAUGGUAAAACAAACGGAGGACAUUUUAACGGUGCAGAAAGGAUUUGAUACAAUAAACAGCUCCUUUAAACAAUUGGCAAAACCGCAAUCUACGAACGAACAAAUCAGGAAGAUUGAGUUUGGAGUCGGGGUAAAGGAUCAACUCAAAAUUAUCGAAAAGGUUUCCGGCGAUUUGAAAGAAAGUCUUGACAAAAUCAGGCAAAGACGAGAUGACUGAUAAAGAUACGGGCGCAAAAAUCUGCAUUCUGUGAGCGCCAAUGGCUGCAAAUGAUCUCGUCAGAGAUGAAAGGUUUCAAAUCGAUUCUCUGCGCAUCAUAGCGAGUCGAGUGUUUUGACGAUUCACAGCUUUUGUACGGCAAAAGUAAUUUUGGCAGAUAAUACAAUAAUUUUGAAACCGUAUAUGAAUAGUAUUGAUUGUACACUUGAGAAUAAUUUAAUAAGCAAGGCGAAUUAAGUUAUUUAUGUCAAGAUUACACAAUGAUUAAAACUCUCAAUGCAAACUUUGUAAACACCGUUAAUUAUUCGUAAAAUCCAUUAAAGAAAUACCUUGGUCACCACAAAAACUCACGUUGUUUGCAAAAGUAGUUUGAAACUCAGGAUCAUGGAACGGUGACUUCAUCAGUGCAUGCUGAAUAAGUAUAACCCGUAAAAACAAAGUUUUUCACUCUAAAUCCUUUAUAUGCGUGGCGGCUAGAGUCUUCUCGUCCUUUGGCUUGAGAUGGCUGCCACCUAUGGGUCAGAUGAUUGUCUGCAGUAUUAAACAAUUGGUAAUUAAAUAUUUAAUUUGUUUUUCCGAAACAGUGUAAAAUUUUGGAUUAAAUUUUUACACGAACAUUAAUUGUCUCGCACAACGAGUCUGUGUGCAAAAUGUCAGCUCGAUUGGAUCACGGGAAGUGGGUUAAAAAACGACCGAAAGGUUUGCACGGUCAUAAGCAAGCAAGCACGCAAGCAAGCAAGCGAACUUAAUAUGAAGGAUUUAAAAAUGCAUUCUUCCCAUGGCUCUUCUCGAUUGCCCCUUAACUCUGAUAUUUGAUAUGUAACACACAAAAACUGCUCGAAAAUGUUAUUUUCUCGUUUUGUUUCCAAAAAUAUGGGGUUUUCUGCUGACAUAACUCAUGUUAACGAUAUUUUCAAAUAUUUAUGUCAAUGUACAUUGUAUCACGAACCUGCCUAUUGAAAUGUAUUGUAUUUUUUUAUGAUAUUGUUUUUGACAUUAAUGUGCUGCUACAUUGUACCAUCUAAAUUUCAUUAAGUUUCCAAGAAAGUAUCACUGCAGGUGUCUGGACUAUGUAUUGUCAUAGAAAAAUAGUUGUUUUCAGUGUGACACAAUUUGAAUACAAAUUAUUUUCACCGCAAAUUUUCCAUCCAAAUCUUACCUGAUGGUAAUGCUAAUGUUUUAUAAAUUAUUAUACGAGCAGAUAAAACUAUCGAAAACUUUAACAUCGUGUUAUGGGUUUUGCCAUAUAUAAGUGUGGGGAAUGCAUAUGCUGUACCGUAUAUAUACUAGUCUUUGUACGUAUGCUAUAGAAUUAGCGUAGAGCCUUGAUUUUACUGGUGUGCAGGGUUGGGUGUCUAGGUAGUGUUUCAAAACUGUAAAGUUAGACAUUGACGUGUGUGAUGUGAAUAAGAGUGAAGCCUCAGUCACCCACGCUAUGACCCUAUCAAGAAUCGUCCUGGAGCCGAUGACAAAAAAUAAAUAAUU